GGCCAGGUGCUCACGUUCCCCGGCAGGUGAUGGAGCAGGGAGAAGAGGAUCGGGAGUACCGGGAAUACCGGCGGCUGGAGGAGUGUGAGGAGGACUCACCCCCCGGCGAGGAGGAGGAGGAGCAGCUGCUGCUGCACGUCACUGAAGGACCGACAGACUCGUGGCACCACGUUAAGGACCUGGACAGUUUCUUCACCAAGAUCUACCAGUUCCACCAGAGGAAUGGCUUUGCCUGCGUCCUGCUCUCAGAUGUCCUUGAGCUGGUGCAGUUCCUGUUCGUCGUCACCUUCAGCACGUUCCUGCUGUGCUGUGUGGACUACGAUGUCCUGUUUGCCACCCGCCCCCUCAACCACAGCCACGUCCCCGAGCGCGCCAAGGUGACACUGCCCGACGCCGUGCUGCCCGCCCCGCAGUGCGCCAGCAGGCUCCGUGGCAGCGGGUGGCUGCUGUUCCUGCUGGUGCUGGCGGGCGCAGUGUGGCUGUGCCGCCUGGUCACGGCGCUCCGGCGCCUCGUGGGCUACUGGGAGAUCCGGAGCUUCUACAUCCGUGCGCUCGGCAUCCCCGCGGAGGAGCUGUGUAACCACAGCUGGCAGUCGGUGCAGGCCCGGCUGCUGGCGCUGCAGCGGCGCCAGCCCCUGUGCGUUCCGCGCCGGGAGCUGACGGAGCUCGACAUCCACCACCGCAUCCUGCGCUUCCGCAACUACACCGUGGCCAUGGUCAACAAAUCCCUGCUGCCCGUGCGCUUCCGCCUGCCGCUGCUCGGCCCCGUCGUGUUCCUCACGCGGGGGCUGCAGUUCAACCUGGAGCUGCUGCUGUUCCGCGGCCCGGCCGCGCUCUUCCAGAACACCUGGAGCCUGCGGCCGCAGGUGAAGCGGGCGGGCGCGCGGCGGGCGCUGGCCCGGGGGCUGGCACGGGCGGCCGUGCUGCUGGGGGUGGCCAACCUGGCGCUGUGCCCCUGCGUGCUGGGCUGGCGCCUGCUCCUGGCCUUCUUCAGCUACGCCGAGGGGCUGAAGCGGGCGCCGGGCAGCCUGGGCGCUCGCCGCUGGUCGCUCUACGCCCGCCACUACCUGCGCCACUUCAACGAGCUGGGCCACGAGCUGCAGGCGCGGCUGGGCCGCGGCCACGCGCCGGCCACCAAGUACAUGGACUCGUUCAGCAGCCCGCUGCUGGCCGUGCUGGCUCGCCACGUCGGCUUCUUCGCCGGCUCCGUGCUGGCCGUGCUCAUCGUACUCACCGUGUACGACGAGGACGUGCUGACGGUGCAGCACAUCCUGACAGCCAUCACGCUGCUGGGGCUCGUGGUCACCGUGGCCAGGUCCUUCAUCCCAGACGAGCACGCCGUGUGGUGCCCGGAGCAGCUGCUGCAGCGGGUCCUGGCACACGUGCAUUACCUGCCCGAGCACUGGCAGGGCCGCGCCGGCCGUGCCGAGACACGGGCAGAGAUGGCACAGCUCUUCCAGUACAAGGCGGUUUUCAUCCUGGAGGAGCUGCUGAGCCCUCUCGUGACCCCCCUGAUCCUCAUCUUCGCGUUUCCCCCCCGCGCCCUCGACAUCGUGGACUUCUUCCGCAACUUCACGGUGGAGGUGGCGGGGGUGGGCGACAUCUGCUCCUUCGCGCAGCUGGACGUGCGGCACCACGGCAACCCCCAGUGGCUGUCGGAGGGACACACGGAGGCGCCCCCGGAGCGCCAGGCGGAGCACGGCAAGACGGAGCUGUCGCUGAUGCGCUUCGCCCUGAGCAACCCCCGGUGGCGGCCGCCGCCGCCCGCCCGCCGCUUCCUCGGCCACCUCCAGGCGCAGGUGACCCGCGACGCGGCCACCGCGCCCCCCCCGCGGCACCUGCUAGCCGAGGGGCCACUGGCCGCCUCCCUUCUGUCCGAGGACUCGGCCCUGGCGCCCGAGGGGCUGGUGGCCAGUGUCCUGGCGGCCAGCGGGCUGGUGGCCCGGGAGCCGCGCUUUGGGCAGCCCUGCAGCACGGCCAGCGCCACCGCCAGCCUGCUGGCAUCCCUGCGGAACCCCCUGGGGACCCCGCCCUGCGGAGCCCCGGACAGCCCCGGGGAGCAGCCGUGCCCCGAGGACAGGAGCGUGAUGGGGACGGGGGGGACAUGGCUGGGAAGGGUGUCCGGGCAGCCGGCGCUGAGUGAGUCGCGGCUGCGCAGCCUGAGCCGCUCGGCGCUGCUGGCCGAGGUGGCCUCGGCCGAGAUGAGCCUUCACGCCAUCUACCUGCACCAGCUCCACCAGCAGCAGCAGCAGCAGCCGCAGGGCCCCGGCCCCCAGCCCGCGGGGGCACCCAAACACCCCUUCGUGACCACAGGCUCGGCUGCCCGGGCCUCGCAGCUGCGGGAGAUGCCGCUGGGCGGGUGGGCCGAGGAGGAAGAGGAGGAGGAAGAGGAGACGAUGACGUAG